UGAACAUCAGAUUAAAAAAUAAGUGACGUAUAGAUUUAAAAUGUCAUCAACAAAGUUAAAUAAGUCAGACAGCAUUAUAAACCUAGAAGAAAUUUAUAUAAAACUUAAAAACACUCUCACGAAAGCAAUUACUCCGGAAACGUGCAGAAAAGAUUAUGUAGCAGAUGAAUGCUGGGAGACUUUUUUGAGUUUCGAGGACCUGUCCCAAGAUGUUAUGUCUGCAUUCUUAAUAAUGAGGCAUGAUGACCUAAGUGUACCUAGUCAAACAACAUUAAUUUGCGAAUUAUUAGUAAAUGAAAACAUUAUUCCUCUAAUAAAUAUUUACGAUAGGGAUAUUCAUAAUGAAGACUUAUCCAUUAGUCUUAUUAACUGGGCUGAACGUGUGGCCAUUAGAGAGCAUGAAUCGACAAAAAUUGCUGUGGAGUUUACGGAAUCCAACAAGGAGCUUUUUCAAAUGCUUGGAUACAAAUUUGAAGUGGGACCUUUAUUGGUUAAAAAUUUAAACCCUGAGGAAUAUAAAAGUUCUUUUGAGUAUGAAGACGACUCUCCUCUCAAAUUCGAUGAUAAUCAACAUUUGAUAUGUUGCUUAGAUCCAGAUGUUGAAGAAGAACAGUGGAUACGAGAUUUUGAUAGAAGAUAUAGACCAUAUAAAAAUAAUAACUGGAACAGUGAUUAAUAUCCCAACUUUAAGAAAAAUAUGUAUUUUAUAGUUGAUUUUUAUUAACUUUCUUGUUUGCAAGAUAACAAAUGUUUAUUUUUUAUCUAUAUUUUAAUGCCGAUUUUUAGUUGUUGAAUAAAAUUGUGAAAUAAU